GCCCCCGACAGGUCUCAUACAGACCCCGUCAUUGACCUGGCUUUGCUGUUUCCUUCCUUUAGAUUCCUGCUUGUGCUCGGCUGUCUGGUGCUGUCUGUGUUUUCUACAAUUCCAGAAUACCAAACGCUAGCAAACGAAGGCCUGUUCAUACUGGAGUUUGUGAUGAUCAUUGUGUUCGGGCUGGAGUACAUCAUCAGGGUCUGGGCUGCAGGAUGCUGCUGCCGGUACCGGGGCUGGCAGGGCCGUCUACGAUUCGCCAGGAAACCCUUCUGUGUCAUAGAUUUCAUCGUGUUCGUGGCCUCGGUGGCGGUGAUCUCGGCCGGCACGCAGGGGAACAUCUUCGCCACGUCGGCGCUGCGCAGCAUGCGGUUCCUGCAGAUCCUCCGCAUGGUGCGCAUGGACCGGCGCGGCGGCACGUGGAAGCUGCUGGGCUCCGUGGUCUACGCCCACAGCAAGGAGCUGAUCACAGCCUGGUACAUCGGCUUCCUGGUCCUCAUCUUCGCUUCAUUUUUGGUCUACCUGGCUGAGAAGGAAGUCAACUCGGAGUUCGCCACCUACGCAGACUCCCUCUGGUGGGGGACGAUCACUCUGACAACAAUUGGCUAUGGAGACAAGACCCCGCGCACCUGGCUGGGGCGCAUGCUGGCCGCCGGCUUCGCUCUGCUGGGGGUCUCCUUCUUCGCUCUGCCAGCCGGAAUCCUGGGGUCAGGCUUUGCUUUGAAGGUUCAGGAGCAGCAUCGUCAGAAGCAUUUUGAAAAGAGACGGAUUCCAGCAGCCAACUUGAUUCAGGUAGGACAGCCAAGUCUGUACAGGUACAAUCAGAUGCCAUCGGUUUCAAAUACCUGGCAG